AUGGGGUCCUCUGUGCAGCCGUCCCGCUUUUUAGACGGUGAGAAUUCGAACUUAGUGAAUGAAAGAUCAAAACAAAUGGCCGCUAUUCUCGGCCUCUUUGCCAUGCUAGUCUCUGCUCUCUCUCUGUACAUGUUCGGGGAACUGUGGAAUGUCGCACAGGACCAGCGGUUCAGCUCGUGGCGCGUCGGCUUCAUCCUCCAGAAGCUAUUCCCCUUCAAGAGGACCUUCGAUGUGAAUUUGACGCACAUCCUUCUGUUUACCAUCGCCGUCUUGAUGUUGAGCCUGCGGCCUGAAGCUCCACCAGCGCUUGAGGAGACAGCGCCCAGCCGCCGCAGAGAGAAGGCUACGCGAGUGGAGACGGAGGAGGUGCCCAGUGCAGCCCCUGCUGCUGCUGCUACUCACAAGAGCAGCAGAAGAUAA